AUUUUUAAAUCAAGCAGCCGUUGCAGCAGAAAUGUGUUUUGGUAGUAUGUAGGUGUGCCACUAGCGUCGUCACUGCCACAGGUCACACCCACUCUGCCUGUCCUCUGAUCUAUCUCCUUGUGCUUUAUGCAACAUUUUCAAACCCGAAUCAUUUCUCUUUUUCAGAGAUGUCUUUGAGUGAGAAAAGCGACGAGGAGAUCAGCGAGCUGCUGACUGAAUAUGGCAUCAAACAUGGACCUAUCGUCGACUCUACCCGAAAGCUGUACGAGAAGAAGCUUGAAAAGGCCAUGGAGGACGCUCCAGUGGAGCCGUCGUCUGAUAAGACCUACUACAGAGAGGAAGAGGAGGAGGUUACCUACAUCACAUACCACACUCCGACAAGACAAGAGAUGUUUGGAGACAUGCUGAAACGAAGAAGCAACGUUGCUCCAGAGGAAGAGGAGGAAUCGGACCAAGAUGCAGAGCCCCCCAUCCAGAUCUCUAACAGGACAGUCAAUCACAGCGCAGUACGAUCCAAGGAACCCGUCAGAAAGUCUGGAGGCGGCCUGUGGAAGGUGAUCCGGCUCCUGCUGCUGUUAGCGGUGUUAGCAGCCGUCUGCUACUACGCCUACUGCCACGUGAUGAACAGUGAAGACAAUCCUAAGGUUGAAUGAUCUUACUCAUUGUCAGAAUAUCAGGGUUUUUUAAGAGUCAGUUUCUUCUCUAUGAUGUCAGUAGUAGGGAUAAAACACAGUUUGACCACAUUCCAUAAACUAUGUCGUAGUAUUGCCAAAUCAGGGAAAUGUUCAAAACCAGACAAAUGAUCGUCUGUGUAUCCAAAGUCUGAUAUGACUUGUUCUUCUGUAAUCAAUGUUUGGGGGGAGCAGCCCACCUGCCACAGUAAGAAAAACAUAGAAUAAUGCUUGCACUCCUUUUUUAUUUCUUUGCUUUCUUGCAUAUGUUGCACUAUGUUUUGUGUCUUUGAUUUUCUUUCAUGCAGCUGCAUGAAAUGUGUUCUUAUUGGUGAGAUAUACAUGGUGAUGUCAUGUAGCACAGCAGACUUGUGAACUGAGUCUGUCUUUCAUUUUCUAUCUGUCCUCCACAUCCAAGUGCCCAAGUCAAACCAAAGGCUGUUGUCUGUAUGUGUUAAUAAAUAAAUAAAUAAAUAAAUAAAAAAG